CUCGGACACUCCGUCCCACCUCACUUGCCCAGAAGCUCCCACCCUUCCUCCUCGCCUCCCCCUCGGAUGCUCCUGAGCUCCUCCGCUCCCUUCUCGCGCACCACUCCGCUCCCGAGCCUCCGCAGCGCCGCCGGGCGCCCAUGGAAGAGCCAUUCAUUGUUACUGGCAAGAUAAUUGCUACGAUGAUAAGAAACGGGGAAUUGGUUCCAGAAGCAGGGAUGGAGUGCCCAAACUGCGAACAUCGCAUUGAUAAUAGUGAUGUUUCAUCACAGUGGCCAGGACUCCCUAUUGGUGUUAAAUUUGAUCCAACGGAUCUUGAACUGCUUGGACAUUUAGAAGGCAAGAUUGGCAGGGCAAUGUCCCAUGUACUAAUAGAUGAUUUUAUUCCAACCAUAGAGAUGGCGGAAGGAAUCUGCUACACACAUCCGGAAAAUCUCCCUGGUGUCAGAUUAGACGGGGUCGCCAGUCAUUUCUUCCACAAAAUAUGUAAUGCCUAUGAUGUUGGCACGCGCAAGCGUCGCAAGAUUAGCAACAGCGACUACAAUGUUUGUGAUGAGCAUCUCAGAUGGCACAAGACUGGAAAAUCCAGACAUAUCUUAGAUAAUAAUGGUGACAUAAAAGGGUGGAAGAAAAUAAUGGUUCUUAGGAAAGGAGGUUACAAGGCAGAAAAGACUAACUGGACGAUGCAUCAGUAUCACCUUGGGGUAGAUGAAAAUGAAAAGGAUGGGGAGCUUGUUGUUUGCAAAGUCUUCUUUCAGUUGCCGUCAGAGAAAGCUGGGCAGUCUGUAAUGUUCGCUGUUGAUGAAGAAUCCGAUUCAUUUGCUGUGAAAAUCGAUCCUACAACCCCAAUGACAUACGCUCCGCAGCCUUGUCGCCCAAACGGUAGUCCAUCCGAAACCGAGCAGAAUCAGGAGGAGGAAGAGUUCCGCCAGUCAGCUGUUCGGGGAGCCACCGAAUGGCUUGCUGGAACCUCGUCGCACGCCGUUGAUGACGUAGCGCUGCCUGCCCUGGAUGAACACCCGUCACGCGGCGGAACCCCGGACGCCGCCUACCCUGAGAAGCAGCAUCUGCCUCUUGUUGACACGGACGCGCUCCAAGGGUUCCCUGACCUCGGAACGUCUCCGCAUUUCUCCUCUCUGGCCGACAUGCAGUUUGACUCGCUGGAUUGCUUCAACAGCUGGCUGGACCGCAUGUAGCAUUGCGCAUAGAGGAGGUUUUUCUUUUUCCCUUUCGAAACAGAGGCAAAAGUCAUCGAGGAGGGGUUCUCAAGUGGGGGCGCAACGCGAAGAUGCUGUUUUUCUAGUGAUGUAUGUUGUACUAUAUCUGUGUACGAGUGAUGAAUCUCCGAGAAAAUUUUGUAUAUGAUCCUGCAGCUGCUGAUGAACGUAGCUCUGCUAUGUUGACCGUUUAGUGGUAGCAGACUUUUUUUCUUGGCCAACUUAGGAGCACCGCUCCAAAUUUCAUAUCCAUGAAACUGACGAACAACAGCCAGUCAGUCCCUCAAAAGGGUUUGAAACUUAUUAGUACUCCCUCUGUACAUUAGUUAGUUACUAGGCUUUGGUUUUUCUGUGUUUAUUUACUUUUCUUAAGCGUCUACUGUUCAUUUAUUACAUCGACAUCAGUGAACAGUAGCAGAGAACGGCAAAUGAAUGUGAACAG